AUGAAACAGGAGACCAAGGGCGUCUUCUGGCACAAUCUCGAUGAAGCACUGUGGCACAUUGGGGAAGCUCACUUCCUAUCGCUCUGGAUGGCCAUUGCGGAGGUCGACGAUCUUGCCGCGUUAACAGACAAGCCGCCAGAGACGCUCAUCAGCCUUACAAAUGAAAUCUUCCGCGCGCACGCAUCGUGGGAGGCCAUCCACAACCUUGAUACUCUCACGAAUCGCAAGCGCGAUGAGGUGAAGCGGCAGACAGUAAUGUUUGCGACAGACCUGUUGCCGUGCUUCGAUCUUCGGGAAGCUAUGCAAAUCGGCGAUGUGGGGCGCAUGGAGGACCUCCUUCCCACGCUGCUGUUCCGGUUUGCAGGAGGCUCAAAUCCCAAGUAUACGAUUGAGAUCCUGGAGCUGAUACAGAAGCUGCGAUGUGAGUGGCCACAGGAGUUCCGCGACCACAUUCGACACUAUUGCUGGCUCGUGAACUUCACAGGCAAACGGAACAGUUUCUUGGCUGUUGACAUGGCACAGGAGCAUAAUAUUAAGGAUAUCAAGGUUACGUGGCGCUCAUUUGGACCAGGCGCCACAUUUCCCUACAUCCAAAAGAUAUCUCCUGCAAUCACAACCCUGCGCGCUGUCAAAGCGAGUGUGGCAAGUCAGUUCUCAAGUGUGAUUGGGCGUGGUUCUCACCAUGGGAAGCCAUCGAAGAACCAGGAUGUUGAUCGGUUGGUGAGGAUGUACCGCACCUCGAAGUUGCAUAAUAAGGAGGAUGGGCGAGAGAUGAAAGGCGGAGAAUCAAACUGGGCUUUGGAUGUAAUGACUGCGGGCAGUGUGAAGCUCAUAGUGGACGGUGCAGCUGAGCGAUGGUGGGAUGAACGGGACUUUGAGAGAGCGACGACUGAGUCAUAUGAUGUUCUAGACUAG